CCCGCCCGAGUCCAUCCUUCAUGAAGUCUGCCGCCGCCGCCUGCCGCUGCUCAAACGUGGAGGGAAGAACACGAAGUGGGACGCUCUCCGCUGACUGCGCGGGGUUAUUGUUAGUCCGGUGAAAUUUACUGCUCUGCCGACAUAUUUAGUGCAUUUUACCUCAGUGCCGGACCGAAAGGGAGGCACUGUUUUUUUCUCCGGGAGUCUUCAAAAGCAGAGUCGGCGGUUUGGAAGGACAAAGUGUUUGAGUAACUGGCCAAUCAAGAAGAGUGUGAGCCCCUGGACCUUCUAAGUCAGCAGCAACCUCAGCGUCCACAACUUCAGAAGGAGGGAAUGAAACCGGAUGGGGAUACCAUGGAAACCACGGAGCCCACUGACUCUGCAGCAGUAGCAGAGCCCUCCUCAUCGCAGGACGACAUAAUGGAGCAAGCCCCAUCGCAACCAGAGGAAGCUGCAAAUGAUGCAGCACCCGGGGCUGCUCCGAUGGCCAAUGGCAAGCCAGUGGAAGCAGACCCCAAAGUCAGACCAAAGGCUGUUGCAACUAAAAUACAGACAACGGCCAAAUCUGCAGGUGCUGUUGCAACCAAAGUCCAGCCCACAGCCAAAUCUGUAGGGGCCUCCGGAUCACGGCCAGGGACGGCCUCGCACCGCACGGCAAAUUACGUCAAAUCCUCUAAAAAUGUCUCUGCAGCUCCAGUCAAGAAAACCGCUGCUACAGCAUCAGCAGCGGGGGCUGUACCUAAAAGACUGGUGGGUGUAGCAGCAGUUUCCUCCGUGGCCAGGAACCCAUCUAGAGUGCCUGACAAGAAGCCUGUUGGACCGGCCAGGACUGCCUCAGUUGCUGCUGCCACAGCAACAAAUGGUACCAGACCAACAACAGUGAAUGGCAUUCCUAAGAAGAGACCAGUAGCUGAGACUGUUAAUGUAGCUAGACCUAAAACCGCAGCUACUGCCGGCAGAGCAGCGGUGUCCACUGCCCCAAAACCCAGCACUUCCACCACAACUAAAGCUGGUUGUGCCACCACUUCAAAGACCACCAGGCCUGCCCCAGGUCCCUCAACAUCUCGACCUGCAUCCACGGCAUCCAGGCCCACCACAGCUUCAGUCAAGCCGUCCACCACUGCAACUGCCAAAACUGCUGCAUCUAGAGUUACCACAGCACCCUCUACUGGCAGGAGCACAUUGGCACAGCCUCCCAAAACUGUUGCUACAAAGAAUGAUGUCAGUGGACCAGUGGCAAAGAAACCUGUAACCGCUACAACAUCUGCUGCUACCAAAAAACCUGAACCCUCUAGACCAACAGCCACCGUAAAGCUUAACUCUGCCUCCAAGUGGUCCACAACAGCGAAGGCAGCCGACCCCAAGGUGUCUCAGUCCAAAACUCAACAACCUGUAAAAUCUACUCCCACAAGGAAACCUGUAGCUGCUGUUCGGUCCCUUGCCCAUAACAAACCCCUUGGUCGAACCCCACCCACCUCUCCAGCCCACAAACCUGUAGAAAGCAGCACCCCUCAGGCAAAACGUGGAACCAAACCCACUCAGGCUGUCACACCUUUCAGUUCUGCCAAGAAGACCGGUGUUUCAAAUACUACCACACCAAAGAGUGCUGCUAGUGCAGCAGUAGCAGCUGGCGCAGCAACUGUGCUAGCAGAAAUACAAUCGGAGGCUCCAGAGUCCUUCCCACAAGAAUCAUCCCUUGCUGCCUCUGCACCAGAGGAGGUCCCUCCCCCAGUCCUGGCCCAGGAUACCACACCAGAGGUGGUACCUCAAGAGACUGCUCAAGGACAUGCAACUGCUUCCUCUCCUCCACAAAGCCCUGCCAGGAUGGCCUUACCACAAACCUCUCCACCCAAGGAGCAGCUUGAGAGCAGUGCCCCCUUACUAAUUGUGCAAGAGCAGACCCCUGAGCCUGCAUUACUACCAGUGGACUGUCCUCCAGAUAUGUCCAAGGAGCCAGUUUACCUGUUAACAGACCAAACCCCCUCCGCAGCAACAAAUGCCUUCCCUCUGAUAGUUUCUCCCACCAAUCAGAAUGAGGAGGAGGAGGAUGAAGAGGAGAAGGAGGGAAGCCAGUUAGUUUCUGUGUCUGAAAUGAGUGGAACCACACAGCCCACAGAGGAGUCUCGUCCCGGGUCGGCUGGACCAGUAGGAGGGUCUGCUUGGAGGGCCGGUGGCGCCCUGCUUUCUGAGCUGGACUCUGAGGAGGUAAGCGGCAGCCAGCAGGGUGCGUCUGAACUGAGUGCCCCUGGUGUCCUGGAGGGCACCGAGAGCAUGGAUGAUCUGGGAGACGGCAGUCUCAAAGGAGCCAUUGACAUGGAAGGAGCCUCGGCAGGUUCACCGGACUUUGAAAAGGUUCCUGACAUACCAGUUAAUGACUUUGAUGAGGACGAAGAUGAGGAGGAUGACGAUGAUCUGGUGUGUGACAUGGAUGUGGGCUCAGAGCGGGCAGAUGAACCGCAGAGACCCAGACAUGACAAUGAUGUGGAGGAGGAUGAUGAGGAUGUGGAGAUGGCUAGUGAGGGGGUGACUGAGAGCGGGCUGGAAAGCUAUGGGAAUGCCGAUGAGGAUGACUUUGCGGAGGACGAAAGGCUGGACAACUUAAACAGAGUGGCCGAGCCCCCACCACCCCCUCCUCAGCUGCCCUCCGCCCCAGCUGCUCAGUGGGACCAACCAAACCCUUUUACUAAUCCCUGGCCAGAACCUCUUCAGCCACAGCAGGUUCUUGAGCACGUCUCCCAGCCCCCAGAGGUGGCAGGAGCGGCUGCAGCAAGCCCUUUGGCAGAUCCCUGGCACGCAGACUCGGAGAUCCCAACUCAGACCCCAGCCCAAGCUUGGCUAGAACUAGGCUCUGCACAUUUUGUUCCUGAAAACCAAGAACCUCCCCAUCAUUCCUCUAUCAUAGUCGAGCCACAAGAUCUAGAUGCCAAAAUGUACAUGGGUCAGUCCAGCCAAGCCCCGAUGCAGACCCUGGGCCCAGCUCUUGUCUCUGCCCCAGCAAUGUCUCUGUCAAGCACCCUAAGCAGUGAGAUCAGCACACCCGAGGAACUCUGUGACUACAAUCGAGACGGGAAGCUCCAGCCUCAAGAUGUGCAAGGCCCGGCGCUUUCCCCACAGCCCGACCUGGACCGGGAAGGAGAUGAGGAGGCUGAGACCCUGCCUGCUGAUGAAGUCCUGGGAGGCCCUGCAACUGCCCCCACUUCCAACCCCUCCUCAACCUCGGUUACAGAAGACGAGGCCAGCGACACCGAGGGAGAGGCUCAGCUGGAGGAUUCCUUGGAGAGUCCAUUGGUCAUCCACACGACCUUUGACAGCCAGCCUCCAGCCCAGCGCUGCCUGUCCACUGUGGAAGAGGGAGAGGAGGCUGACAUGGAGGGCGGCGCAGGUGAAGACACCACCCCACCUUCGGCUACAUCGUUGGCAUCUUACGGCUUUGACACCAUGACCACCGCUUCAAACUCCAACGCCCAGUCCACAGGGGAGAGCUGCAUCAGGAGCCCUGGCAUCUUCUCCCUGGAGGAGCUGCCUGAGGAGGCCAAGGAGCCCUGUCUGAUCCCGCAGCCUCACACCCAGCCAUACCUCACAGAGCAGCAGUACAUCGAAUGUGGGAAGCAGGAGGCGGAGUCUGCUGAGCCUGUCGGGGAGGAAGUGCCGGUGCCAGAGGAAGCCCUGGACCCUUCGUCAACUCUGAGCACUUUGCAGCAACCGGAGGAAAACCCAGAUGACAUCCAGCCUCCCUACUAUUCUACUAUCUGUGAAAAGACUGAGAACUCUUUUGCAGGCUUCACUGCACUAGCGCAUCCUCACCGCCGCGACCUCUCGGCACCCCCCAGAACCUACUGCGACGUCGUCAAACCUCACGUGGCCGCCGUCACCCCGCCGAGGCUGACCUGCGCGGACCUCCCGCCCAGGAGCCUCGGCCAGCAGGCGCUGAGCCCCCAGCUCCGCCGGCUGGAGCAACACCAGAGGCAGCUGCUGGAGCUGCAGCAACGCAGGGAGCAACAGAGCAGGCCGCUGGAGGAGGCGGAGAAGGAGAGGAAGAGGAGGGAGGAAGAGGAGCAGAGGAAGAAGAAAGAGGAAGCGGAAGAAGAAAUAAAGAGGAAUGAAGAGGAGCUGGAAAUGCGAACGCGAGAGCAGGCAGAGGUGACGACGAGGGAAGAGGAGGAAAAAUCGAGGAAGGCAGAGGAGCUCAAGCAGAGGCGAGAGCUUGAACUUGAGCUACAGCAGCAACAACAGGAGCUGAAGGAGAGACAGCAGAUCAUGCAGUGGCAACAAGAGCUGCACCAGUCUAAUAAAGGACAGACGGUGCUGCUGUCCCCUUCCUCUGGCCUCUGCACCAUCUACGAAACCCUGGAGAACAGUGACGAAGAUGAGGCUGAAGGUGGAGAAGAGGGAAUAAAGGAGCCCAACCCCAAUGAAGAGAUGGCCGACUGUGAAAGGGUGACGUCGGACAAAGACCAAUGCCGAGACACUUCACCGUCCACUGAGAGCACUCCUCCUCUCCCAGACUCCCCUCUGUCAUCCAGCGACCCCUCCCAGGAGGAAGAUAGCUCCUCCCCUUGCCCUCCUGAGUCUCCAGAGCGACCUCCUCCCCUGGACCUGGACUGGGGGAAGAAAGUGGACAUAGUCCAGCAGCUGAUCAAUCAGACCCUGCUGCUGAACAGAGACGGCUGCUCGUCCCUGCUGCUGCUGCCGGGGGGUGCCGGAGGCACCCUGAGCCCCCUGGAGAGCAGCCUGUGGCCCAGCCUGCUGCCCCCACUCACACCGCCAUCUGCCACCGUCACCUCGGUUAGCAGUUUCUCCCCAGAGGCCACUGGGAGCUCCCCACAGGGAGAGUGGACCGUGGUGGAGCUGGAGACGCAUCAUUGAGGUGUGUGUGUGUGUGUGUGUGUGUGUGUGUGUGUGAGAGAGAGAGUGAGAUUUCACUCGCACGCUUAAGUAAAACCGCUGCGGUACUGUUAAACAUGAAUGACACUCGUACAGGAAAGAUGACACAAGUGCGGUUUAUUUUGUAUACCUUUUUUUUUAAUCAAAUUGAUAUUGAAUGGUGCACCCCUAAUCCACACUAUGAAUUCAUAUUAACUUCAGAACAACAGCUCUACAGACAACUUAGAGUUAAUAUUUGGGCUGGGCAAUGUGGGGAAAAAAAGAAUCUGAAGAAAUUCUUUGACAUUGACAUACAUCCCAAUGUCUCAUACAUAGUAAUGUAAAAUCCAUGAUAGAAUCAAAAAGAUGCACAAUAAGUUAUAUAAAUAUACUGCCCAGCCCUGGAGGUAGACCUAUAACCUUGUGGUGCUGUAGAUCAGUGGUUCCCAACCAACACGGGCUCACAACAUAGAAGGGUAGAAAAAAGAAACCGGUUUCUGCCACACAAUGUUCAUUUUUCAAGCUUUUAGCUAAUCUUUGCUUGUUUUUUUUUUUUUUUUUUUAAAAUAGUGAAUUAUUUUAAACUACUGAAUAAGUUUAAGUAUUCAAAUGCAGUGAUCUGAAAAGAAAAAUAGGUUUAUAGGUUAAAAGGUUGGGAACCACCGCUGAGGAUCCUCCUGACAGGCAGGGAGCUGUAGUUGUACUGUUAAAAACAAGCACAUACAAUGCUAAUACCAAUGCUUGGUGCAUUUUAUUUACCAACACAAAGAUCUAAAUGCUGUUUUUAAAGCCUUUUCUACACUUUUAGGAUUCAAAUUCUCCGUACGCAGCCUCGGUACAGUAAAGACCUAAACAAAAUGAGUCCGUACUAAGGGCAGGAAAGUCUCCGGCACUGCCAGGGAAGAAACUGCAUCUCAUCUCAAGUAGAAAAACACAAGCGUGACACCGCACUGAAACUCGGCACCUCUCUCACCUCACGCUCCCUGUCCUUCAUCACUGCAAACACAAAAUGAAGACUUGGCUAUAAUAUUACAUUUUAAUCCGUAAAACACCUGAAACCAUGUGAUUACUGGCAGAAUCCCAUGAUGCGUCAUUGCUACUGAUUUAUAUAGUUGGAACUGGACACUUUUCAUUAUGCCAAAUCUCUGUGCCAUAGGUGGCCGAACACACACACACACACACACACACACACACACACACACACACACACACACACACACCGAUGGUGCCAAAUGGCCACUAUCAAUCGAAGGUUUAUUGACUGAUAGAUUUGGUUUUACUUUGUGUUCCUCACCUUCAGUGCUUUUAAUUGAAGCCAUAACUGUUCAUACACGUUGACACUCAUUCUUAUCACAUUAUUUUUAAAAUGAGAAUACACUGGAGAUGUCUUGCUAUUGAAUAGUGAUAAAACAACACUGAUUACCAGGUUUCUGAGAUUGCACUUAUUCAAAUACAGUUUUGUAAUUUGUAUCAAUUUUAAACAUGUUUAUAAUAAAGGCCUGGACACUGGCUGGUAAAGUGAAGUUCAACUUACUUAUUUAUUCACAAAAUUAGAUCAAAGAAAUGUAUUGAUUGAAAGACUAUCAUAUUUCACUACAUGGUCUCAGUCUGAGCUGUUUGGAUCUUACAGUUCUUUACCAAUGGUCAGUACGACGUGUAAGCAUUUCCGUUUGAAACACAGUCGCUCACUAAUGAAGUUUUAGUUCUAUUUGUUUAAUUAUGUGCGUAGUUUAGAGUUUUUGCAGGAAAUGCCUUUUUAUGAUCACUGUUCUGGAGCCACAUAUUACAUUCUUCCAUACGUGUAGUCUUCCUUUAGGUCCUAAUGCUUCUAUUUUAGAUGGAGGUAUUUCAGUCACAGGCUACAGGCAGAUGCUAGCUGGUUAUUCUACAAGGACUUCCACACUGGUGCGGUGCACAGACCUUACAUUAGAAGACUAACUCUGGGGUUUAACCGAAACUGCUGUGAAGGUCAGGGCUCACUUUACUGUGAGACAUGAGAAAGGUUGGUACAAGUGAGGAUUCAAUAUCAGGUUGUUCUGGGUAUUCACUGUUUAUUGUUGUUGAAACUGUGAUGAGCUGUGGUAUGAAAGUGUGUGAUUUAACUCUUGAUAGCUGUGCUGUAUAUUUAUGUUGGUCAGUGUUUAAGAUGGUCACUGAGCCUCGCUGAAAUGUCACAAGCUUAACGAUGGUGACAUUUUAGGAAACUAUCAGUAGUUUUCUGACCGUUUCUUGGACUGUAAAUCUAAAUGGAGAACAGAACAUUAAUGCUAUGAGAGAACUUUAUUUCCACUCAUGUCCAUUUGAAUCUCUUUAUUGUAUUCAGGCAGUUUUUGGCUUGCUGCGCUGCUCUCCAGUGUCAAAUGGCAUAAAGGCUGAUUGUUGUUUAAUAACUGAAUUGAAAGGGGUGAGCCAGGUAGGAAUCUGCAUCCAGUGCUUUCACCUUAAUAGAUUCUUGCCCUUUUACCACUGUUUAUUACACCAAGAGCAAUUACCAUUACCAUCACCGACUAAUGGGUCCUCUAUAUUAAAGCCUAUGUGUAGCAGCUGAGAAGCAGGCAGGUGUUUACGUUAAUGUAUGUCUGCUUUCCCGUCCUCCAGGUAGGACACAUUAUGUCUACUGCAUUUUUGACAAAGCUGGACUUUUUAAAUGUGCUUUCUUACAUGUCUGUGUAGUGUUUUUGUAAGCAUUUGUGUGUGUGUGUGUAUAUUGUUUUUAAGACUGCUCACUGUAAUGAAGGGAAACUCCACUUUACUUUUGUACUUAAGAGAUUUAGAAGUAUAAUAGCCCUUUAAGAGUCCUAUAUAGAUUUUUAUUGAAUAGAGAAUGAAGGAUGUUGGUUGUACAUGGUAGAUUUUAUUUGUUGUAAGUAAAUUACUUUCUUCUUCCUUAUGUCCAGUCAACAAAAAUGAGAGCUGCAUGACUACAAGGUCAAACUGAACACAGUAGGCUGAAGUAGGAGUGUGUUACUUGGGCUCAAAGUUAUUAAAUCUCACAUUUUAGAUAUUAAUUUAUUGAAAAUGAAGUGAGGCAUUUGAGUACUAAUUUAAAUGGCUUAUGAACUUGUUU